CUAAUCAGGUUGAGCCGGCGGAGAAGUCCAGUGCCCUGCGGCAGGCACAGCCUUGCUGAAAUAGAUACCUCUAGCGCCGGCUCUGCGAUGCGUCCAGCUCCGAGCGCAAGCACCCUGGUUCCUGCCCGAGGAGACCGUUUCUGAGUCUGAGUCUGGGGUACGCGCACCGCCAGCCUGGCCCUACUCACUCCAAAGAGCGAGCUGCCGCCUCUGCAAACCUGACACUCCGGCCAGGGAGUGACUCCGGGGUCCCCAGCCGCGCGCUUGCCCAGGCUACCAGGACGCACCCUCGCUUCGAGCAGGAGCAGUGGUGCGUCCCGGAGCCUCGCAGACCCGCAGAACACGCCUCCCGGAGCCAGCCGCCGGUUCCUUGGGCGCCCUGCGGCCAUCCGGACAGGGAUUGCGAGCGCGGGACCGACCCGGACAGGGGUGGCUCGCCGCCUAGCCACGGUUCUACCCGUGUGCGGCGGCGGUAAGACCGCAACUGCUGCCCGAGGCGGGAAAGAGCCCAGAGAAAAAGAGGAAGAAAAAAGGGGACCUGUCCUCUCCCUGGCGGCCUCUGGGAGAAGCGCGUCCUAUACCCAGGCUUGAAUAAAGACACUGAGAUCAUCCGGCCAGAAACACCGCAGGCUUAGGAGAAGCUUGAAUACUGUACCCUGAGUCUGCUGUCAUUAAGGUUGAUGCUCUGACGCAUUAAGGGAGAGCUGAGGUCAGCAGAGGGGAGACUUCAGAAUCUUAGACGUCAUCCAGAGGAAUUCCUAGCAGCACUGUUCACACACCAUCUGAUGGGAUGGAGAUCACCAUGGAGCUUUUGGAUGAGAAUGCCACCAACACCAGCCACCUCCUUUCUGUGUUCCACGCCCACGAAGCCCAAGCUGCCUCCUUCCCACUUAACCUUAGCUAUGGUGACUAUGAUAUGCCUUUGGGUGAAGAUGAAGAUGUGACCAACUCUAGGACAUUUUUUGCUGCCAAGAUUGUCAUUGGUGUGGCCCUGGUGGGCAUCAUGCUAGUCUGUGGCAUUGGCAACUUCAUCUUCAUCGCUGCGCUGGCUCGAUACAAAAAAUUGCGCAACCUCACCAACCUGCUUAUUGCCAACCUGGCCAUCUCUGAUUUCCUGGUGGCCAUUGUCUGCUGCCCCUUUGAGAUGGAUUACUAUGUGGUGCGCCAGCUCUCCUGGGAGCAUGGCCAUGUGCUGUGUGCCUCCAUCAACUACCUGCGUACUGUCUCUCUCUAUGUCUCCACCAAUGCCUUGCUGGCCAUCGCCAUCGACAGAUAUCUGGCCAUUGUCCACCCACUUAGACCCCGGAUGAAGUAUCAAACAGCCACUGGCUUGAUCGUCUUGGUUUGGCUAGUAUCCAUCCUCAUCGCCAUCCCUUCAGCCUAUUUCACAACAGAAACUGUCCUCAUCAUUGUCAAGAGCCAGGAGAAGAUCUUCUGUGGCCAAAUCUGGCCAGUGGACCAGCAGAUAUACUACAAGUCCUACUUCCUUUUCAUCUUUGGCAUCGAGUUCAUGGGUCCCGUGAUCACCAUGACCCUGUGCUAUGCCAGGAUCUCCCAAGAGCUCUGGUUCAAGGCGGUCCCUGGUUUUCAGACUGAGCAGAUAAGGAAGCGGCUGCGCUGCCGCCGGAAGACUGUCCUGGUGCUCAUGUGCAUCCUCACCGCCUACGUGCUGUGCUGGGCGCCUUUCUAUGGCUUCACCAUCGUGCGUGACUUCUUUCCCACCGUCUUCGUGAAGGAGAAGCACUAUCUUACAGCCUUCUACAUCGUUGAAUGUAUUGCCAUGAGCAAUAGCAUGAUUAAUACCCUGUGCUUCGUGACCGUCAAGAACAACACCAUCAAGUACUUCAGGAAGAUCAUGCUGCUCCACUGGAAGGCUUCUUACAAUGGGAGUAAGUCAAGUGCCGAUCUUGAUCUCAAAACCACAGGGAUGCCUGCUACAGAAGAGGUGGACUGCAUCCGACUGAAAUAACCCAACGAUCGUUUUAAAGUAUAAGCUCAGACAGAACCUUGGGGACCAGAAUCGGUUUGCCUAGAUACACACUCUCAACAAGAACUCUUUGUGUAUGUAGAGGGCAGAGUAAAUGGACAACUGUGUGAAUCCAAAGUUGAAGGGACUCAGAAUUUAUAAAAUUAGACACCAUCAGUGGCUGACAAUCAUGAAAUGUCUAAUUUGUGCAAAGAGUAGGCACUGGUGAAACCUGUAAGUGUUUACCAUAAAGUUGGCAAAAAGAAAUAGGGGUUAAAGUACAAAAAAUGUUGGGUCAUAACAGUUUGAAAUAAGGGAGUUUGCCGAAGGAACCCAAGUAGGCAUCUAGGACUGUUGUACAUAUGUUUGCAAGGUGACAUUUUUUCAGGAACUCUGCAGCUACUUGUCAGACAUUGGUGUAGCCCAUCUCUAGGAUUGUUCUUAGGCUGACUUUACCUUUAGCACUUGUAACGUUAGGCCAAGAAUAUAAAAUAGGCUCCGGAUUCACUCUCUCUGCAAGUCUCUUCUCCCUUGUCCUGGAUCUCACUGUGAGGAGCCUUACAUGCAUGCACAUGGAAAUGCCACUAUGCAUGGCCAAGUUCUGUCCAAAUUCUCUCCCCCACAUAUGAUUUGAGAACAAGAUGUCUUUAUUCCUGGUGUAUGAAUCCCAUUAUAGAAAUUAUUCCUUGGGAUUAAUGCUUGGAACUACUUUUGGGAAGGCUAACCUACCACCUUCCUACUCUUCAAGGUGAAUGAAGUCAUGUGAUUUUGUAGCAAUGAUGAAGGUCAGUUACAGAGCCCUGGGCCCCCAGGAAAGAAAAAGAUAUAUAAAUGGCAGGUCAGGACUCAACAAUGAGAUUAAUUCACAUCACAGGCAUAUUGGGGCUCAUCCCACUUUCUAACCCACCUUCCUCGUUUGGUAUUUUGAAUUAUGCAUUUGGAAUUGUGGAGCCAAUAAGAUCCAUCCCCUGUGUGACCCCAGUAAAGCCCCUCACAGGGACCAAAAAUAAUAUCUGAUAUAGCUACUGAUGAGGUGGUUGUGAAUUACUAAUGAGAUAAUCUGUGGGAAAACUCAUUCAAACAUGAGUAAUCAAAAGAAUGAAGUACUAACUGUAUGUUAUGACUGGACAAGGACAAAUCUGUUAUUCUACUUUAUGUAUCUAGAUACCUCAUCAUCUCCCCCUUUAAUUACUCUGUGAAUGAUUCUUUUACCCCUCUUACCAGCACUAUAUGCAUCAUUACGUUCUUAAUAACAUGUUGAUACAACUAGGCAGUCAAAUUUGGUGGCAGUGUAUAAAAGCAACUGGUGAAUUGGUCUGCAGUCAGAAAAUGAACUUAAGGUUUUAGAAAGCUUACAGAGUAUCUUUGUAUUCAUGAAAUUAUUGAUCAUGUUUCCCCAGCCAGCAUGAAUCUGGGCAGUGUGAUAUGUUUCUUGAUCUUUUAUGCUCAUAAGUGUGUACAGCUAGAAAGCAGACUUGUCCUUUCCUUCUUGAUUCAUUCUAUCACGGUACAUUUAGAAGACUGAUUCCUGAAUGGCAUUACUCCUCCCAAAUACAGUCAACUCUUUAUUUUUAGCAGAAAACUAUAUUUCCUGGAAUAUAUCUUUAAAAAACCUACAUAUUUCUUCCCACUUAUCUAGCAGACUUACCAUAUAGUUGAAUCACCAUAUUUUGAUUAAAUUCGCAUGAAAACUAAAAUAUGAGCCUAAACCAAAUAUGGCUUAAAAAGUAAUUCUUUUUUCUUUUAGGAAACCAUAUAUUACAUUCUUAAGUCAAGAGGAAACUUAGCUUUUAGACUAAAAAUAAUGAAAUGAUAAAAUUUAUUGUUAUUAAAUUCCUCUUUUCCUUUAGGAAUGCUAAAUAAGAGCUGACUGUAUUAAAUAGGAGCCUUUUCUAUGUGACAACAAAUCUCUUUCUGCAUUUCAGCCUAAAAUGUAUCAACUUUUUACUUAUUUAACUAUCUGUAAAUUUUCUAGCAUUGUGUUUGCUUGUGAUUUUACAGUAAAUGAAAGUAUUGUGUUACCAAGCAAAAUCUAAAAAAUGUGUAUCACUAAUAAUCGACCAUAAUGUUCUGUCAUUUCUGUAUCUUCUUCCCCUGCGGUCCCUGCUUCCACCCCAGUUCUUUCCCUAGUUAUAGCCAACAGCUCUUGAGUGAGCACUGGAUGGAUGCUGUUUCCAUGACCAUAUGAAUUGUAAGAAUAGUGCUAACUCACACUCCAGUUGCUUACAAACAUUCCUCUUCAUCCUAAAGAGAAGUUUAACUGAUUUAUAUCUUUUUUUUUAUAUAUACAAUUCUGCUCUGGUAAAGCCAUUAGUACUUCAUCUGGAUGCCAAGACUUGAAAUCUGAGAACCUGUCUAUGCCUGCACACAAUCAAGGAUAAACUGAUGAACAAAUUCAAAGUGAACUGAGAGUUAGACCUGCGAUACCACUCCAUGUUCAGAUUAGUGACUGAUGCACCGUGAGCUGUAGCCUGGUUCUCUGGUGGCUUCUCCAAAGACAGGUGGUAAACCCAGCAAAGUGACACUUGGGGGUAUGUGUUUCUUUUCUGUUCUUGAAAUGCUUUCAACAUGCAAAGAGAUGUACAUAUUCAUACACAGAAGGUUGAAGACAUGAUUUUGUAAAAUCAACCAUUUCAGUAAGGAAAAGGGAAGGGCAGAUUUAUGAGGAAACCAGAGAUUUUGCUUAAUGAGUACAUGUUUAAAAAAUGUCUUUAAUCAAAGACACUACAACUUGGCAAUGUGGCAGUCACCACAGCAAAGCCCUCGAGCGUGAAACAGCUUCCAUGUUUGUUGUGGAAAAGAAUGCUAAAGAAUUUGUGAGAUGGCCAGAAAUUAUAAAUAAAUAAGUCCUGUUUCUUGAAAAAAGGAUAAAUUUUGGGAUGUAUCCACAAAGAAUUAAUCCAGUUUUCCUCCCUCAAUUGUGAGACUAUCCAAUUCAAACCCUUUGUUUUGCAGUUGUUGAAACUGAAGCCCAGAUUGAGGAAGAGAUACAUUCAAGGUCACACAGCUGUUUGGUGUGAGAGCCAGGGUCAGACCCUAAGGCUCUGAAAAUUUAGCUCAGGCUGUUUCUAGGAAAUCACUUAUGGGUAC